GCUGUCCCAGCCCCGCUCCGCGGCGGCGCCGCCGGCCACCAGGGGGCGCGGGCGAGGCCAGGGGCGGGGCGCUCUGCGCUUCCGGUGGCGGCGCGGCUAUGGCGGUGGCGGCGCUGCGGCUGCUGGCGCCGGUGGUGCGGCGGGCUCCGGGCGGGGUGCCGUGCCGCGCUCACCGCCUCACGCCGGCAGACGACGAGCUGUACCAGCGGACGCGGCUGACGGUGCUGGAGCCCGAGUCCCCCAGCACCAUAUUCAUCGAGGGCUACAACAGCCGCGGCUUCACCAUCAGCGGGGACCUGGUGGUGGGGCCCUGCGCCGUCCUGCCCCGCGCCAUCCUCCAGUGGAACGUUGGCUCCUACCGGGACAUCUCGCAGGAGAGUCUGUCGCUGUUCCGGCUGCUGGAGCCCCAGAUAGAGAUCCUGGUGCUGGGCACGGGCGACAGGGUGGAGCGGCUCCACCCCACCACGCUGAAGCAGAUGCGGGAGUGCGGGAUCGCUGUGGAGGUGCAGGACACGCCAAAUGCGUGUGCAACCUUCAACUUCCUAACAAGUGAAAAGCGUGUGGUGGCUGCUGCGCUCAUCCCUCCGCGGGGCACCUGCGUGGGGCUGUAGGUGCUGCCUGCCGCAGCCAGGGGAUGAGCAGCAAUUCCCUCGCCUGCCUGAAGCCCCCGAGCAUCACUGCUCCUGGUGGAGGAGCGCUUUGGAUUAAGCUUUCAGAGCUGCUGGCUGGGUGGCCGCUCUGCACACGGGAGGAUGCUGUGAAAUGCGUGGGCUCGGCUCUGCCCGAUGUCCCUGGCUUCUCGGCCUCCUUGCCCAGGCCGGGGGCUGUGGGGCACAGCAGGAGGCAUGAGCAUUGCUGGCAGCGCCGCACCCACAGCCCUGCUCUUCUGCCGAGGUGGUGCCUGGUGCCUUGGCAGCAAGAAGCCGUGGCCCCGGGGCAGGGUGGAGGCUAGUGGGGUGAGCUGUGCACCCCCCGGCACAUUUGGAGCUCCUCAAGGAAAAUACAUGUAAAUCAGAAACACACAAAGCGAUUGCGUGGUGGUUAACACACAGCAGCGCGAGGCUGUAACCCACCAGCAGUGAGUGAGCUUGCUGUGGGCAGCAUGCGUUGGUGCCAGGGGUAUCACUGGCACAGCCAGCACCAGCAACUGGUGUGUCCCAGCUGGUGCUGGCCUGCCCCGGGCUUUCCUGUGGGUUCUCGUCCUGCUCUGCAGCACCAGUGUCACUUGCGAAGCCUCGAGCUGCAAGUGGUCCCUGGGUGCUGCACCCUGUCUCCCUGCAGGCUCAGCUCAAGCAGGGGACACCGAGAUGGUCACUGUCAUGUCACCCCUACCUUGCACUGGUUUGUGGCCAUGGAUGCCGCCCCUGGGGCUGGGGAAGGGUGUACGUGUACCUAAUAGCAGGCUUGUGCCCCAAACCCUGCCACCUCUGUGUGCCCAAGGGGGGUGGGAUGUGGCUGUAGUCCCCAGCCCUGGGUGAGGCCGUGGGGAAGCUUUACUUGACAAGUUAGCUGCUUUAAUGAAUGUUUGACACAAUUAUGUUGUAAUUUAAAGCUCUGGGUUUAGCAUGUGUGGAUCUAAUUUGA